AUGGCGACGACGGCCGCUGCGUUGGAAAACAAGAAAGUUCGGAUACAAACUACGAUAAAUUCCAGUAAACGGGCGCCAGUUACUGUUACCGUAACCGAUUUUGAUUCUUUUGGCCCUAGGUAUCGCUUGAGGGAUUUGCUGUCAUCUGAUAAAAACGAGGAUAAAGAAAGGUAAGCCGUUAAGGACCUUAGCAGUGUUUUUAGCUUACCUAGCCGCAGGGGUUGAAUAAGCUAUCGACCAGUUGGGAUGAUUCUUAUUUGCUAACAAACUCUUAUCUACUCAAGCUUGGGUCCUUAAAUCCGCGGUAUAAUUUGAUAUACUUAAAAACACCGACAUAGCGUGUGUUUUCCCUUUAUUCUGCAUUAAUACAAGCUAAUAAGUAGGAAAUAAUCAGCGGCUCGGUUGUCGCCCCCUUACGCCGCUUAAAUUGGAAAGUGGGCCAGUUUUUAAGAAAUUUAAUAUUAAAAGCUUCUAGGUUAAAAUGAUUUACAUGACAUUAUAUUUUUUGUAAUGCUUAAAUAUGAGGGUAUGAGUACAGUAUCGAGAGAUAAUACGCCGCAGAAAUCGGACAAUAUAUUUUUGUUUUGAAAUGUUAAAUCGAGUGCUAAAUUAUCGUAUCUGAAGACAUAAGCCUAAGCUUAAAUAUUAGUUACUUUCUAUGACCAACGUUUCCUUUAUUUCAGCAAAAAGAACUUCAUUUUAAUAAUUCUAACUGAAUUCCUCAAACCAACUAAUUUUAAAAAAUGGCUAAAAUAGAAAAGGAAUAAAAUUAGCGCGAUAAUAUAUGCAUAUUUCAGCAGCUGUUGUCAAGACUUCUUACUUUUAGUCGCUGCCUUAAUUCAUUUUAAAACGUCUGUGGGCUGAAAAUGAGAUAUUCAACUGAAUAAAGAACUAAGUCUAUCUCUAUCCUUAAUUAACAGUUUUGCUUGCUAAGGUGUAACACGGGAAAAUUUCACAAUUUAUUUUUUUGCGUUACAGUACAUUGGACUUUGUUGUUUUUGUUGUUGAUGACAAUGAAAUACAGUUUUGGAUAAUUCGGCUUUGUUAUCAUCAGAUGGUGGCUAGAAAAUAAAACCUUGUUUAUUCUGCCAGUGAGCAAGAUGAAACAAAUGCUGCAUUCUGUGUGGCUACCAGAGUGGACCUUGUGUUUUUUUCAUUUUUAUUGAACUCAUUUUUUCUCUAUCUAUGGGAAAAAAAAAAUUCCAGCCAUCUUGACCUUGGUCAAUAUAGCAUACGGUCAAUCCCCGUUGGACACUGACGGGGCAAUGGAAAAAGUCUGUAUUAAGCGGUUUGAAUUUAGAGAAAAUAUAAGCUAGGGCCUUUCUUUCCUCAAGGACAAAGCAAAGUGUGCAUAAUAAUGAGGUGUGAAAAGUGUUUAUGACCAGCAAUGUUUGUAAUGGUAACAGGACUGAGUGGAGGGUUAGUAACUGUUAGUAACUAACUCCCGCUACAUGGUCGUCCGAUUUUGUUAAUCACUCGUAUGAUUACAGACCGAAUUGGACGACAUGAAGUUCUGUUACCGAUUAAUCAUAACUUUAACAAAAUUUGUGAUAUAAUAGGCUAUUUUUUACAUCAAAACACAAGAAAUUCGACAUUUUCUUUUGCUAGCUUGAAAAAAAAAAGCCAUUUAAGCGCGCGCUUGAUGGCGCGUACUGUCCGAUUACUUAGGCAUGACGCGUCUGUCCUAUUCAACUGUCCAGUUAAGGCUGAAAUUAGGGCAGUUGAUAGCCAAUCAGAUUUGACAAUUUUGUUAUAGUUAUGAUUAACACUUUUAUUGACAUCACUUUAAAUUCUUUUCCAAAACAGUUAUACAGUCAUACUAUCUGCAAUCAAUAGAAGCAACCUCAGUUGGUGAAAGUUGAUACUAAAAAGUUUAAUUAAGUUACUUUUAACUGAUGCCAAAUUAAACCGUAAAAGUGCUGAUAAUGGCUUUAACACAAACAGCAAGUAUAACCAUUUUAUCUUGUAAAAUGUUUUACUUUUCACACUCGUAUUUUCAUAGAAGACUUCAGGUGUCAUUAACAUUGACAGUUUCUCUAUUGUAGUGUUUCUGAGAUAACAUUUUAAUUUCACAGGGUGCGUGUUGAACACUACGUUCGCGACAAGUCAUUUAAAGAAAGACUUAAAUUCUAUUUUGUGACUGAUCAAAGAUCUAGUAAGUUGCUAUUAAUGAGUAGUCUUUUUCUAACAGUAACAUAACAACAUACUGUAAAACAUAUAUUAAACAACGACAUGUAUCUUUUCAAAUAAUAAAUCUUUGUUAUAACUUUUAAAAAAAUAAUUGUAUUCAAAUGAUUUGUCAGUGUAACUAAUCAGGGCUAAAUUCAUGAAAACAUUUAAGCUUUUUAAUGCCGAUAGUUUAAGUAAGAAAAUGUGAAUAAUUUUUUUUGGAAAUGAUCUUUACUAAGCCUUAACAUUUUCAAUGUUAUGCUAAUAUCUUCACAUAUAGGAUCUAUGGUAAAAUAAUUUUUAUAUUUGCAGUCAGAAUAUUGUGAUGAAAUUAGAAAUAGAUAUUAAGUGCAUUAUGCUCGGAAAAAAAAUCUGAGGCCCCAGUGGGAAUCAAACCCAUGACCUUCCAUAUACCAGAAGGACGCUCUAACCACGACUGAGUCAUGGGCAACUCACUUGGUGAGCAGGUUGCAGGUUAGGGUAGCCACAGGACUUCACAUCUUGCGAGGAGUACACUGGACUAAAGUAAAGCAACACACUGACUUACUUGCACCAUGCAAGUACCUUAAGAAAGUGUCUUGUACACUUUAAAGCCAACCAACCACCCAAGUGUGAUGAGAUCAGAAAUAGAUAUUAAGUACAACUAAGAAAUGCUUGGAAAAAGAUACGAGUCCCCAGUGGGAAUCAAACCCAUGACCUUCCAGAUACUGGUAGGAUGCUCUAACUACUGACCUAAACAGACUCCUUCAGUAUACUGUGGGUUGCCAAGUGUGUCGCCCAUAGCUCAGUGGUUACAGCGUCCUACCAGUAUCUGGAAGGUCAUGGGUUUGAUUUGUGCUGGGGGCUCGGAUUUUUUUCCGAGCAUUUCUUAGUUGUUCUUUAUAUCUGUUUCUAAGAAUAUUAAUUACCCAACAAAACAAAUUUCAGUGAGAUCAAGUGAUUAAUCAAAUAGUCUCCAUACUACCAAUAAACUUUUCUGAAAGGUGUAAUAGUGUUGUUUAUGAUUACAGCUAAAUUUGUUUACAUUUGUUGCAUGCAAAUACCCUCAAUUCUUCUCUCAUAUGCAAACUAUCAUGACUCAAAGUAUUUUUAUAAACCCUAAUAGGUAUAAGAUGGCAGAUAUUUCGCUUUAUGCUGAAGAUAUUGUCAUGUGUACUGUAUGUUGUUCGAAGUGUUCAAGACACAAAGCCACAUUUAGCAGGCGGGUAAGUACAGUUAAACAGACUCCUCCAGUAUAUGACACCAAAAUGCAGUUAUGGCAAUUUAACCUGUUUAGUGGACAUGGGUAUACUUUUGAGGGUCCAAGGAAGCUACCUAACCUAGAUUACCUUAGGUGAAGAGUGACACACUGUUUUACAAGUAAGGGCGAGGGGUAUUUCUUUCAUUAUUAUGUUUCCAUUCCAAAUUUGUUGUAACUCCUUUUCUGUUUGUAUUGCUUGAAGUUUAUCCAAUUUCCCAUACAGGGGACACUUAUGCCCGGUUUCAACUCUUGAUCUCAAGGGUGUUGGGUUAUGGGAGGUUAUAAUUAAGGUCCUUUUUAAAUACUGAUAUUGAAAGUGAGAUAAAAAAUCCUUUAUUAUUAGCUAUAGCAUGUAAAUUGUUUUAUGAUAUGUAUUUGGCUAUUUUAACAUGUUUAUGUUUCAUGAUAUCACAUGUUGAUACUUAUUAAUAAAAUAUAGGUUAUCGUAAUUAUUUUAAAACAAGCUUGUAAUUCAGUUGUCUAAACUCAGAAAGUGUGGUUUACAGUGAACAACUCAAUUUAUCUUAAUAAUCUCUUCAAAACUGCUGUUAAUUUCUUUAAGGUGAAGGAAUUAUGAAAAAAAUAGUGGUAUGUAUACAGUGUGAAUAGAUAAUAAUACACUUAAGUGUUUUUUCAACAGUUAUGGGUGUCCUGAUAACAGAACUGUUAAUCCGGAAUGGUCUUGCCCUGAAUUUGAG